AUGAACCGUGUGGGCAUUUUUUGGGAUUACGAGAAUUGUGCUCCCCCUAGUGGGACCCCUGGCUAUGUUGUCGCUGAGCGCGUUAGAGCCACGUGUGGUGUAUAUGGAAGUGUGACGCAGUUCAGGGCCUAUUUGGAGCUCUCGGCGCCACCUCCAGCUGGGUCAUCACAACUUGCUAAUACGGAAUUGAAUCCCAAUGGUCCCUGCCCUCCUACAUCACCCAAAACCCUUUCUCUCCGUUCUGAACUUCAAUCUUCCGGUGUGUCUUUAAUCGAUUGCCCACACAAUAGUCGAAAGAAUGUCGCCGACUCGAUGCUCGCCUGCGACCUCGUGUGCUUUGCACUGGAUAACCCAACUUCCCAAAUACCCUACGCGAACCACUUGCCUGUGUCUUCUUACAGUAUACCCAACACGCCAUUCUCAGCUAUUUGCCCAACCUCUAUCCCAACGUCGAAGACUACUAUUGUACUCAUUUCCGGGGAUCGUGAUUUCGCCUACCCCCUUGCAGUUUUAAAGGCUCGCAAGUACGAAGUUGGUUUGAUUGUACCUCCAGGCGGAGCACAUCCUGCAUUACGCGCCCAAGCAACCUGGGUGAUGAAUUGGAAGGAUAUAUUGGAAGGAGGGCAUAUAGCAGAUGGAGGACAAGAUUCGACGAUUGGCACUAGUUCGCGAGGACGAGUUGAUAACAUGUGUGUAGACAGUCCGAACAGUGGGGUUACGCCCCCUUCACAGGGAACUCGCCGAUCUUUCGUCCCUCGCCGUGGGUCCAUAUCCGGUUCGAGGCGCGGCUCUGUAUCUAUUUCACCAAUUCCAGUGCCACCACCACCUCAUCUGUCAACUACUACCGGAAGCUCAGCGGCCUCCAAUUCAUUUGGUGGCCUUGGAGCCCAUGAGGGUGCAUCUAAUUCAUUCAUAUCGAACAAUUCGCUCAUCGAGAGUCUUUCCACAAGCCAACUGCUUUCAACGUCCAGGCCAUCUCGAAAGUCGCCCCUUAGGCGACCAGCUGCAAAGGCCGCAGCUAGACCACCUUCAAGAUCCAAAUCAAGGAUAGGAGCAAGAACCGGUAACUUAGAAAGAACGGAGCAAGAAGCCCCGCGGUCAUUCAAACUCGAGCAACCUAGACCCCAGCCCCUCAUCGUUCCCGUUCCCGUUCCUUUGACCGCAUCUCCCAUUGGAUCAGCCGGGCCAAGUCUUGCUGGGAUGUCUCCGCGAGCUGGUCGACCACAGACUCCACCGUUAUUUUCAACCAAUCCUGCGUCCCCUCCUCCCCCAGCUGCCCCUCCAGCGCUUCCUUCGUCUACUACACCCCCCAUCAAAACCUCUACACCCCCAGCCAAGCCAUCCACUCCACCGAAAGAUGUAUUACGCCUUCCUCACCGGCCGUCUAUUCCACACGUGGCCACACCUCGUCCGCCAAUCCCCGAACCGUACCAACCGGUUGCACCAGGCAUUUCGAGCCCCAAAGAACAGCGUGUAGACGAAACGGUACCGCCAACAUUAGUCGUACCUACUCCCAAGCCAAGCACGAAUAUACUUCAAUCGCUGCUGCCUGCUGCAGCCGUUUUACGUCCUGUAGUCUCGAGCCCUACUCGACCUGCGCUAGCUGUACCGCCUAGCAUUCAAACAAGCAAUACGAGUACUCUGGCACCAGCUACACCAGUUACGCCCCCUGCUUCUCCACCAUUUAGGUGGGCGCGGCUCCAACCGGUCCAUGACGAUACCGACGGCGACGUAGACCGAUCUUCCACUAACGAGAAGAAGUUGAAGGCAGGAAAAGAAAAGACUAAGGAGAAGGGACACCCAGCCAAUGUGGUCAGCGAAACCCGCCUGCUCGCAAAUUCAAGAGAAGUAAUGGGGUCGAAUUCCAAGAAAAACUCCAUGAAGUUGGCAUUGGAGGUGGGAAUGUUAAUAGGGUGCAACGAAGAACCAAGCGCUGUUUCGGGAGUGGACAGCAUUUUGAGGUCUUAUACCGAACGGAGCCCUAGGGUUGAACGAGACAACCAAAAUCACCACUCUCUAGGAGACGGCUGUAGCUCCUCGGAAGAUCCCGUUGGACAGAAAGGUGGAGCCCAUGCUCCGUUAGACUCUACAGUAGACGAUGACGACGAAGAGGAGGAGCAAUUUCAUGAAACAUUCCUGGCUACGUUCUCAAGACCUGUUUGUUCUAAUGCACCUAGGACUCCUGCAACCGUGAAACUUGUAUCGUUGGAACUCACUUCCGAAGAAAACUGUGAAGGGGCUGUGGAACACAAGAAACCACGAGUCACCACGCCACGACCCAUUGCAAGGACAUCCCAUUCGUUACCCCUCAUCCCAAUGAUGCAGUCGUUACUUGCUGGGGUAGAAGGCGGCCAGCCUAUUUCCGGUAAUUAUUCUGAUGUGGCGGGAACAUUGCCCCAAUUAGAGAUACCCAGGCACGAAACGGCUGCCGGAGUUGGCGAUCGUCCCCAAUAUUUAUACAGCAGAGCCAAUUCUCCUACACCGAUCGUAGCCCCGGCUCUUCAAAGGCGGAAAACAACCCCAUCAGCAAUCUCUGAAGAUUUCUCAGAUGGGGCAUUCGAUCCCUUGCUUAGCGCAACAUACAGAGAAUUUCAGUUCUUGAUUAGUGUUCUUGAAAGGUGCCGUCGGACUGGCCAGGAGCGACCUCUGCGCUCACUAAUUGGAGCCGAGUUUACUCGGGAUGUAUUUGAACAAGCCAAAGCAACUUCUUUUAAGGACCAUGUGCAAAGGGCAGUCGCUGCGGGUGUAGUUUCUGUCGGGGAUGGUCCUGUCCAAGGAAGAGAGUGGAUUUCCCUAAAUGGCAAUUGGAAGGGCUUUGGGCUGGUGUUAGAUUGA